UCUUUGUCACCGACGGUUCAAGCAUGGCAGCGCAGCCUUUUCAAACAUCUAAAAAACGUCUCUCCGCCACCUAAAGUAAUUAAAACAACAUUUAAAGAAGAAACAAGAAAGCUUUUUGGGACCAAAUUUGAUAAUAAGGUGACCUUAAGAAACGCCGGUCACCAGGGAGCACACGAAGAGAUCGUUCUUCUUCAGUUUGACCCGAACUUCACUUCAACCGAAGUUGUCUGCCGCCAUCCAUCAUGCAACUCAAGAUACUUGGAAGCAGCGAAAAGUGGUAAGCGAGAUUUGUAUCUCUGUCCACAUCAUCAACAGAAGUUGAAGGACGCAAUUUCUGACACCCUGGCCAAGAAAAACAUCCAGAUCGCCACUACGAAAGAAAAUCCCGAGCCACGUCAGUUUGAUGGAUACACGUCGCUGAUUGGUGUGCUGGAGGGGGCCUAUCACGAUGCAAAGAAAUUCCAAGCCCUGGAGAGAAGAUCCCCGAUGGUCGAAGAAGCCAUCUUGAACGUCAGGAAUUUCUUGAUUAUAACCAAUGCAGUGCUCAACCCUGACGUCCACAACUUGCAACUUGCCUUGCCUCCUGUUUUUCGAAUUCUUCUCCUUAUUUUGGAGAAUUCGGCCAAUGUACCACCGUUGGUGGAUGCUCUUCUGUACGCACUACGAGAUGUGAUCGAGAUGAUACUUUUCGCCUUUGGUGUCAUCUACUCGUGGGUGUCAAUCUCUCUCAAUAGCCCUGGUUCGCGGAUAGGCGCUGGGGUGGGAGGAGUUAUUGGUGGUGGACUUGGUUUGGUGAUGGGUCCUUGGACUGGAGUUGCUGGUCUAGGAGCAGGAGGGGUGCUUGGAGGCUUCAUAGGUAGUGGUAUCUACGAUCUGGUGGUGGGAGACCAAAGAGCACAAGAAAUGGAGAGAUUUAGAAGAUAUUGGGCAGCUGCUGGUGGCACAGGAGCCAACGGGCAACCAAACAACCAGUAUGUAGUGUAUCACUUUGAUGGAAAUGCUUUUGGAGGAUUGUACCUGCAUCCAUUCCCCGCAGUUCAGUGA